GGUGAAAGUGAGCAAAGCAACAGUAUAACGUUCAGAAUUAUAAACAGGCGUAGGAAGAAAGCUCAUGCGCAGUUUAGCUGAUAUCUAAGCAUUUGGGAUGGACCUAUGCAUUCAGUAAGGUCAAGAAAUAGACCAUCAGAUAAUAGGGACUCCGUGUAUGUGAGCAAUUUUGAGCAGUAUGUUGCUCAUGAUCACAACCUCACGUUCAUUUUAGUUUAAAGGAGACGCAACAAAGCACUCAAAAUGGUAGCGGCGAUGCUUGUACUAAGAAGUGGAUUUGCUGCAGCUUUAAGAACGGAUAUUUAGUGUCUGGUUCUCAAAAAAUAUAUUGGUUUCAUUUGAAGCUUUUCAAUAACUGAUUAAUAUAUUUAAUGUCGAAAAUCUGAAACGAGUAUAGCGCUUUUGCUAUGUCACACUGGGAUUACGGCCCCAUGUAGGGAACAGAUGCUUACGUAAAAUGCCCAAAUAAACAGGUUUUCUUCUUAAUUGUGUUUAAAGUGGUAAAGUCGUUCCAGGAUAAAACUAUUCAGAAAGGCACCCACGGCCAUGGAGCCGGAAAGUGACUCAGCCGGCUGCAGAGUUAAAGGUGAAGAGCCGGAGGAUGGAAAGGCCACGAAGCGAUCCCCGGUCAAGAGUGGAAUUGUCCCUGCACGCAGGGCUUUAAGAGAGGGUGGAGUUGGUCGCAAGAGGACGGGUGCUUCAGCGUCGCCGGACACCAACGGGGAUACUGUUGUCAGUCAGAGUCAAAUCUCAGGAAGAGUGCUACGAGACCGGUCCACGCGGACAAUCCCUGCUUGGUUGCGAAGCGACCAGAGUGAUGACGGAGAGGAUGUCAUCCCAGACGUGUCUGCAAACCGGCGGAGGAAAGUUACCCGAAAAAAGAACUCCUCAACAGGAAUUGUCUGGGAUGGCAGUGGUCAGUUUCAACACUCUAGCUGUAGUGAGCCUAAGGAAGUAACGGAUGAUCCCGCCCCACUCUCCCGCCGUUCCCAAGCACGGACCAAAGUCCCACUUGCCUGCUCAUUCAGGAGCUCUAGAGGGCUGUGUAAGAGUGAGCCAGCUGCAGACCAUGCUGUUGUUGAAGAGGAAGCCAUGGUUACUGCAGAGAGAGGUUCUGGAAAGGAGAAAAGAGAGGAGGCCAGUGAGGAUGAAGAUAAUCUCUUACAGGAUAAGGAUCCUCCUUUCCAAGAUGACCUCAGUGAUCUGAACUACCAACCUCAGUCUCAAAGACAUGCAGAGAAUCAAGAGUUCAGCAGUGAUGAAGAUGUCCCUUUUACAGACGACCUGAAUGACCAGAGCUAUAACCCUAGGUCUGACAGGGAAGCACCUAAACUGAGGGGCAGACCUCCAGCCAGGAAAAGGGAGAAGAAACAGAAGGAGCAGGAAAAAGAAAAGGAGCUGGACAUAAAGAAAGAGGGUGGAGAGAGCGUUCAGGACGUGAAGUUGGAGAGUGAGCUUGGAGAGGUGACGCAGGAGCCUAGGAAGAGGGGCAGACGAAGGAAAGACGACAAAACACCUCGUCUCCCUAAAAGAAGGAAGAAGCCACCAGUGCAGUAUGUGCGCUGUGAAAUGGAGGGCUGUGGCACUGUCCUAGCACACCCCCGCUACCUACAGCACCAUAUAAAGUACCAGCACCUGCUGAAGAAGAAGUAUGUGUGUCCACACCCCACUUGUGGAAGGCUUUUCAGACUGCAGAAGCAGCUUCUUCGUCAUGCCAAGCACCACACAGACCAGAGAGACUACAUCUGUGAGUUCUGUGCCCGCGCCUUCAAGAGUUCUCACAACCUGGCUGUACACAGAAUGAUCCACACAGGAGAGAAGCCCCUUCAGUGUGAGAUCUGCGGUUUCACCUGCCGCCAGAAGGCAUCCCUCAACUGGCACAUGAAGAAGCAUGAUGCCGACUCCUCUUACCAGUUCUCCUGCUCCAUCUGCAGCAAAAAGUUUGAGAAGAAGGACAGCGUGGUGGCUCACAAGGCCAAGAGCCAUCCGGAGGUCCUGAUCGCUGAGGCCUUGGCGGCCAACGCUGGUGCUCUCAUUACCACUCCCACCUCCCUGCUGGAAGCCCAGGGAAACCUUGUACAAAGUAAGCAAGUAGAGGUAGUGCAGGUUGCUCAGUUGAGUAUGUUGGAGACAGUCAACCAGCAGGGUGGGGAGGCAGGGCCAGUUAACCAGCUGGUUGGGGAGGAGGGACCAGCCAAUCAGCAGGUGGGGCAGAUGAGCCACCAGGUUGUAGUGUUAGGACAAGAUCAGAACCUCCACACAAUGCAGGUGCCGGUGACUCUAGCCCUGUCUGCCACUGGCCCCCCUUCACCCACUGCCAACCCCCAAAAGACCCACCUGCAGUUCCAGAUGCCCCUUCAGUUCGUGCAGACGGCCCCAGCUCAACGGUUGCAACAGCAACCGCAAAUCCAACAACUGACCCUACAUCCCAGCUCCGUGGUCACCCAGCACCAGGCCCAGCACCUGCCGCUUCAAUCCUAUCAGCAACAGCCGCAUGAGGGUCAAACCCCAAUUCUCCACAUGACUUUUGAACCUAUAUCCCAGUUGCAGACCCACAUCCAGCAGAUCCCCUGUCUAGUGUCCCCUCAGCAGCUCCACACCCUUCCGACGGUUCCCCAGACCUCUACCCCUAGUCCUGCACUCCUGCCCCAAGACCCAGAUUCUACCAAUGCAGAAAGCUACAUCCUGGACGGGCCCACACUCUCCUCUUCCUCUACUUUGUCCGUAAACACCCUUCAUCCAGUGAACACAAUGGGUGAGAUAGGCAAGGCCUGGGAACAGAACGGCGAAGGGCUAGUCUUAGCUAAUUGCACAGAAGAGCACAUGGAACAUGCACUUAUUUAGUAUAGCCGUGGUUACAAAGGGAAAAGAUAGCUUUUUCCCCACACCUAGCUGUGACCCUUUAAACGUGUGAUGCAUUUACGAUAAUCACAAAUAGGCCUACAGCAUUUGUUAUGUACUCUUUCAAAGUUAGUUUUUGUAGCAUUUUAGGCUGAUAAACAUAUUUUCCCUGAUAUACUUUUCAUAAGUUAUGAGUUGCCUUUGUAAAUAAAGUGAUGUCGUUUGUCAAUCUAUA